AUGGCGCACAGCCUCAAAGUCCCAAAUCGGCCCCUCACAUGGCUCAUCACUGGCUGCUCGUCAGGGUUCGGGCUCGCCCUUACGCGACUGGCGCAGAAAGACGGACAUGAUGUGAUAGCUACCUCGCGCAAUCCCUCGAAAACUCCCGACUUGGUUCAAGAGGUUGAAGGCGCCGGCGGAAAGUGGUUGAAGCUCGACGUAGACGACCUCAACUCAGCGAACCUCAUCGAAAACCUGGAGAAAGACGGCACCAAGAUUGACGUGUUGGUCAACAACGCCGGCUGGUCAAUCCAUGGCGCAGCUGAGAGUUUUACGGAGGAAGAGACGAGAGCGCAGAUGGACACGGUCUUCUUCGGGCCGUAUCGUCUGAUGAGGGCGGUUGCUCCCCUCAUGCGCGAGCGAAGGAGCGGGAUUAUCGUGAAUAUUAGUUCCGGGGCGGGCAUUGAAGGAAGAGAGUCGAUGGGCAUCUACGCCGCUGCUAAAGCGGCGAUGGAUGGCGUCAGCAAAGUACUUGCCAAGGAGAUGGCCCCUUUUGGUGUUCGUGUUUUGACCGUGGCGCUCGGCUCGUUCGACACCAAUAUGGGACCUACAGUGAGGUUUUCAGGGGCCGCUAUGCCAGCCGACUACGAAGGCAGUAAUCUGGAGAAAGUGUACCAAGUCAUGGCGGCAUCAGCGACUGACGGGUUCCCUGCUGACGGCGACCAUUUGAAGGCAGCGAGGGUGAUUCAUGAAGUCAUCUGCGGCACAGGGACCGGAGAGGGGAAGGAGGCGGAGAGACUGCUACCGCUUGGAAGAGACAUGGCGAAAAGGGUUGAUGAUGUGGUGUCUGGGUAUCAACAGACGAUGGAGGUAUUCAGAGAUGUGUGUAAUAGUGUAUAUAUCGAGAAGAGAAUUUAG